AUGGCCAACCUGAACAAAACAGCGGAGUCAGAAGAGCUGCUCAGGACACGUCUCUGCCAAGCGCAAAUGAAGAGGAGAAUAGGCAGCGUGCAUGCUCUGCACCAACAAAGUACAUCCGCACAAAUAAAUUUUGACAAAACAGACCUGCUGCGUGUUCAGACCCCUCAUGAAGAUCCGCUAGUCGUCAGUUUGAUGGUUGCAGAGUGCCUGGUACGGAAAGUUCUGAUAGAUCCAAGGAGCAGUGCAAAUGUCAUACCUAAAGUAACGUUUGACCGGCUCGAGAUCAGGCCAGAAAAGCUCAAACCCACAGGAAAUCCGUUACUGGGGUUCAAUGGGAAAUGGGUGGAGCCCAUUGGUAUGGUGGAAUUGACAGUACAGGCUGUUGAAAGAGUUCUGACAGAGAGCUUUGUGGUCGUUGAAAUCCAUCCAUCUUACAACCUUUUGAUGGGAAGAGGGUGGAUACACAGGGUCCAAGGUGUUCCAUCAACUCUGCAUCAAGUGAUGAGGUGUUUAGGCCCAGAUGGAAACAGAGUGAUUGAUAUUCAUGGAGAUCAGGUCGUGGCAAAUGAGUGUUAUUCUUUAACCUUGAAGUCUGCUGGAAAGGGAAAAACACCCAUCCCGUCUGCUAGCCCAAGAUAG